CCGAGAUUUGAACGCGCCGCUCUACUGACAGCGAAUGCCACAACGGUAAAACGGAUAACGGCAAUUGUAUCAUAUACGCACACGAUGUGUGUGUGUGUGUGUGCUUUAUUGGGCUGUCAGUGCGUUGACAGCGUGUUGGUAGCGGUGCAUUGACGCUCUUACUUAAUUUUCGUUUCGGUUAUUCAACUGCACCGCAUUUGUUAUUGUUGGCGCGCUUUGGUGGAGCAUCGUGCUGCCGAAUCGCUUUGCCGCUCGUGCGAAUCCUUCGCCGCUUGUUGUGUCAUAUGAAGCAAAAAUCUCAAUUCGUGCGUGUUGGUCGUUGAUGGCCAUCAACAACAUUCGCAUCCUUGGUUUGCUGGCUUUGCCGUUUGCUUGGCAGCAGGAACAAUUCAGUCAUCAUUGUGCAGUGGCGGCGUUUUGACGCGUUCUCCUCAUCUUCUGCUGCUUCGCAAUAACCAACACUUGUCGUCCAAUACAACAAAAGCUCUCGAAGGCUAAUACGAGUUAACGAGUGUGCAGUGGCAAAGCCGUAAAAGGAUAAUCGGUUGAAAAUUCAAAGAUUCGCAGGCAAAAAAAAAACAACAAAAUUGUGAAGCAGCGAAAUUUGAAAUACUUGCGCCAGUGUAGGUCGCCUGCUGGUCGUUCGUACUGAAACGAGUAGUCGUGCGUGUGCGUGCCCGCGAGUGUAUGCUUUGUUUUGUGGCUGCUGACUACUAACGAACUCGUUUAUAACAGGAAAUUCAUGUUUCAAGGAUAGGUUGGCGGCAAUUUUGAAAAUGUUGUCAUCGGUGGCGGCAUGCCGCUGUGGGCGUUGUUGCUGCCAGUCUGACCUGCAGCACGCAAUUUUUUUGCUGUCGGCGUUGGUGAACCAUGUAUGGUUGUAGUGUGUGUGCAGCUGGCCACUUGGUGAUGAACGGUGUGUUCUUUGCGUUUUGUUUUCCUUGGCUAGCACUGUCUUCUUGGCAAUUAUAUGUUGGCUUGGCAAACGCUUCCGAAUGAUGUCAUGCGUGUGAAAGUGCGUUGCUGCGCAAAAUAUUUAUGCAAAAAUUGUUUGAUUAAAGCAUAGCAAAUUACCUAUGUAUGUGUAUGUGAAUGACAACAACAGCACUGCUUAUAAAUUAAUAUAUGCAAAUGUGUGUGAAUAAUGACAAAAACUAUGAAUAGUGAGUUGAAUAUACAAAAUAGAAAAAUUGUAUGAGAUUAAAAAUGAUUAGUUGCAAAAAAUAAACUGAAACGAUAAAGUAGAAAAAUAGUAAAAUAAAAUAAUACUAAACAGCGUAAACACUUAAUCCAUGCAAAAGUGAAUGAAUUUAACAUACAAACAGGCUAAAUAAACUUCCUUCAAAUAUUGCAACAACACAUCAACGUUAAUAGCAGCUAAUUCCAUACAAAACAUUACUAACAACUGCACAUUCAUGCCACCAUUCAUGGCUAUGCAACACAUACAAAAUGGAUUUAAUUACCCAUAAAGGAUUACGUUAACAUUAAAAAGGAUAAUUUAGCAGCACAUCAGCGGCCAGCAGACUCUGUGACAACAGCAGACGCCUAAAUACAGUUACGCCUGAUUUUAGUGGAUUACGAGCAGUAUAUUCAAUGUGACAGCAACAACAAUCAGCUAACAACGCACAUAAAAUAAGUGGCUUAAAUAACAUUAUAAAGGGCUCUCGUGCAUGCGGGCGUGCGUGUGUAUGUGUGUGUGACGUGCUAACAAAACAGCAACCACAACAACACGAAUUCGCAAUGGAUUUAUUAUUUUUAUUACAUUUACUCAUUCUACUCGUCAGUCAAAAUGUUGCUGUUCUCGGCCAAUUGGAGGGCAGUUGGCUAACCCUGGCACCCUCGACACCAUCUAUCACACAUUUUGUAAAUGAUUCCUUCAUUAUAUUCUGUAAAACAGUACAAAAGGAUGCGAAUGCGAAAUGGAAAGACCCUAAAGGGGUGCCCAAGGAAAAUACAAAAGGGCGUGUGCAUAUCGAAAAGAAAACUGGAUUUUUGGCGUUGGUCUUCGAGCACAUUGCGCUGACGGACAAGGGCAACUGGACGUGUGAGGCAACGCUGACUAACAACAACAAUAACAACGAAGCCACAUCAGCAGCAUCAACGCCGGAUGCUGGCAGCACCGCAACACUGGCCAGCGGUGAGGCGAGGAAGUCCUUUGAGCUGCUCGUAAAUCAGAAAAUCUCCUUUGACAAAACGGAGCUGGUGCAGUCGGCGGGUGAGGGUCGUGACGCCACGGUCAAGUGUUUUGUUAAAGGUGAUCCCCGUCCGGACGUGUCCUGGCUAUACAAUGGCGAAUAUAUAAACACCGUCAACUCAACCAAAUACAAAAAACUCUCCGAUGGACUCUUCAUCAAGAAUGUACAGCAAUCGGAUGCUGGUGAAUACACGUGUCGUGCGAUGCGAAUCACACCAACUUUUGCGGAUUCCGAACAAAUUACGAUUCUACUGAGGAUACAGCAUAAGCCCCAUUGGUUCGAUAAUGACACUUCAUUGGUGCAAUAUGCGUACAUCGGCGGUAUGGUGAAUAUAUCAUGUGAUGCGAUGGGUGAGCCGCCACCUUCGUUCACCUGGGUGCAUGAGGGUCGUGCCAUUACCGGACGUAAUUAUCGCAUUUUCUAUGCCGAUUAUGGUUCAACGCUACAGAUACAUGUCCGAAAUGAAUCACAACUCGGCGAUUAUAAGUGUAAAGUUGCCAAUCCGUUGGGCAUGCUGGAGCGCAUUGUUAAGCUGCGUAAGGGCCAGAAGCCGAGCGGACCGACACGUUUUCAAUUGCUGCGCGCAUUCACCGAUGGCUUCGACCUCGACAUCCGAUCGGUGAAGUAUUCGAAUGUUGAGGAUAAUAUGCAUACGUACGGCUAUCGUGUGCAAUAUAUGAGCGAGGGGGAUUUUAAGCAUAGCGCGGGCAAUUGGAGUUAUGCAAAGCAUAAGGAUUUUCACUUGCAACGAGGUGGACGCUUUGUGCUCGACGGCUUGGACCGCAACACCACGUAUUUGGUACGUGCUGCAACGCGCAAUCUAGCUGGUCUUAGCGAUUGGAGUACGGUGAAAAUUUUCGCAACACUAACAAAUUUCGCUCGACGAACCGUUACGAAUAUUAUCUGGCAAACAUGUUUAGUAGUUGGCUUAGGAUACUCACUUAGUGAAUAUGUCAAAUUUAGUGCGUACGUUUAAGUUCGAUGCAACAACACCGCUAACACAUACAUAUGCAUGCACACACAUACAUAUGUUGGUAAUUGUGUUUUUGUAUGUAGGAUUGAACAUAUACAUACAAACAUACAUACAUCCAUAUAUAGUAAGUCACUCUAACAAUUCAAGCCUUCCUCUCUCCUAUUUCCCUCUCCCAAAAUGCUUUACUUGUUCUUUAGCAAAUGAUUGGUAAAAUACAUAUGCAUACAUAUACAUAUGUACAUAUGUGGUAAUAGGGCCUUUAGUGAGGUGAAAUCUCUGUUAAAAAAAUAUUUGAUACACACUACUACAUGCAUAGUUGUUGAAUGUUUACGAUUAUUGAAAUUGGUAUGAGUAUGUAUGCAGGUAUGUAUGUAGUUAAUUCUGUUAUAUUUUUAUGUACCUGAUUUGUUUUGAAUACACUGCAUAUGUACUUACAUAUAAUGCGUUGUAGUGGACACUGAUUAUAUUUACUAUACAUUUUAUGGAAGUGUUUACAAACAUACAUACAUUUUAAAAAGUUACACUGCUUUCAGAUUCUGUGAUAGAUUUAGCAAAUUUAUUUAUUCUUGCCAAUUUUGGUUUUGUUGUUUUUUUUAAAACCCGAAAUUUCGGAAUUAUUAAAUCGGGAUUAUGAAAUAUUACUUUCGGGAUCCCGAUUUUUUUACUUGCGUAGUUUAAGGUUUUUUUAAAUAUUACAUUUCGAUAAUUUUUUGUUAAUAAUUGUAAAGGUAUGUAAUUUUAAUACCGAAAUUACGGGACUGCUAAUUAAUUUUUUCGGCAGCCUGGUUUUUUUCCUGGGUUUCAAAUAUUUCAUACUUGUACAUUUCAAUGAUUAUUAUUAAUAAUAAUAAAAAAUAUUUUAAUCUCAAAGUUUCGGGAUUUUUAAAUAUUAAUUUCGGGAUCCCGGUUUUUUGGGAAGUUUAGGGGCUUUAAAUUUAAAUGUAAAUAUUUUUUAUUAAUGCUAGUAACACUAAUUUUAAUACCGAAAUUUCGGAAUUUUGAAAUAUUACUUUCGGGAUCCCGAUUUUUUUCUUUGCGAAGUUUAAAGGUUUCUUAAUUUUAAUUUUGAAUUUAAAUAAUAUUUUUAUUAAUAAUAAUAGGGGUAAUCUUAAUACCGUAAUUUCGGGAGUGUUAUCAUUUUUUCGGCAUUUCAUAUAUAUUUCUUACUUGUAUAUUUCACUGAUUUUUACUAAUAAUAACAGAGAGUAUUCUAAUCUUAAAAUUUCGGGAUUGUGAAAUGUUACUUUCGCGAUCCCAAUCAUUUUCCUUUACAAAUUUACUUAGGACUUGAAACUAUUAAAAUUUAUUGAUUUUUUAUUAAUAAAGUUAAAAAUAUAUUAAUCCCGAAAUUUCGGGAUUCUGAAAUUUUAGUUUCGGUAUCCCGAUUUUUUCUUUUGGUAAUGUUUUGUGUUUUUUGAAUAAUAUAGGCUAUUGAAUUUUUUAAAUAUUUUUUUAUUUCUUAAAUAAUUUUUUUAAUAAUAUAGUUUUUAGCAUUGAACAUAAAAGUUUUUAUCAAAACAAAAAGUUUUUACACUAUAGUUAGAUUCCUAUAGUAACUAAGCUAUGCUUACGGUGUUGCAAAAUGGGCGCAACAAUAAUUUCAUAUGCAACCCUGCAAGUCGGCUUUAAAACUCUUUGUAUCCUUACGAAAAUUUAUUUCACCUUUUUUCCUUCCAAAAUUUAAUUAUUAUUCUUAUAUAUGUAUAUAUAUUUUUUUAAUUCUUUAUCACCACUUUUUCCAAUAAAAAUCAUUGACGAGUAUUUCACAUCGUUUUUGUACUUUUUUAAAAGAAAUUCUUCAAGAAUUUCCCAUCUGUGUCGUAAAAAGGAAACAAAGAAAUAUAAUAGAGAACUUGAAAGAUUUUACUAAGUAAGUGCAUAAGUCCAAAUUGAAUGUACACACACAAAACUAAAUGAAGUAUGAUUAUCGUGAAUUUAAACUGAAACGAUUAUUGUAGCUUAAAAUAUUUAAUAUUAUAAAACAAAAAAAAAAUUAGUUAAUAUAAAAUAAAAAAAUGCGCAAAACUAAAAACCAACUAAAUAAAACGAAAUAUAAUUCCAAUGAAUGUGUGAAAA